CACCAUGUGUCCUUUUUUUAUUUCGUUCUCUUUUUUUAUUUUUUUUAACGCCCAGGGGCUUUAAUUAGAGAGAAAAUAAAGCAGGACAAUGGGAACAAGCAUAAGGAUGUGAUUGCAGAGGUUCAAGACUGCGUACCAUUUUCUUGGAAGAGGAAAGAUGAAGAAGUGCGAGCUGUGCGACUCACCGGCAAAGAUGUACUGCGAAUCUGAUCAAGCUAUCCUUUGUUGGGGCUGUGAUGCUCAGGUUCAUGGUGCAAAUUUCCUGGUCACUAAGCAUUCAAGAACGCUUCUUUGCCAUGUUUGUCAGUCUUUAACGCCCUGGAGCGGCUCCGGACCCAAGCUCAGUCCUACUGUUUCUGUUUGUGAAAGUUGUGUGAAUCGUGGCAAUAUCCAAAAUGAGGCAGAUGAUGACCAUGAUGAUGAUGAUGAUGAUGAUGACGACGACGACGACGACGAUGAUGAUGGUGACGAUGAUCUUGAUAGAGAAGACAACAUUGAAGCUGAUGAUGAUGGUGGCGGUCAUGGUCAUGGUCAUGGUGAUGAUGAGGAUCAAGGAGAUGUUGAUGAAGAUGAUGAAGAAAAUCAAGUAGUUCCACGGUCUUCAACUCCGCCUCCACCAGCCUCAAGUUCUUCAACCAGUGAAGAAGGCGUUUCUGAUUCAAGAAAAGCAUUUUCAUGGAAGCGUAUGCGUGGGAGUGGGAAUACAGAGUAUCAUUCUCAGAAGAGCUUUUAAAAAGCACAGUGAUCCAGGACUGGAAAAGAACUGUGACAAACAGAUUUGGGAAUGCUGAAGCCAAGACCAAAUGCUAGCUCUUCAGACUUUCUUACAAAAUUCAAUGAAAGCAUGGUUGCCAAGACUUCAUGAUUUCUUCAUGCCAUAUAUACUUAGUACUAAAAGACUUCAUGAUUUUUUCAUGGCAUAUUUACUAACCUGUAGAGUACAUAUAUAUAUAGCCCUUAAUUUAAUCUGAUUUCAGGUGAAUUUGAUCC